AACGCGCCUGUGCUUGCAGCGGGUAAAUUCGUUCUCAGUGCAGCCAUGCAGCCAGUCUCAACGAAACCUUCUUAAAACGCAGGUUUGAAUGCAACUUGUUGACGUUUCUCUAAUCUUCCCGGUGGAGAAUCGUUCGCAUCAGCUCCAGGAAGUCCUCGUGUCUUCCACCGGGAGGGUUAAUAAUUACUGGAGACACCUCACAACGAUCUGCAUCCUUGCGCAUACAACGAAGGUUCGCCGGUACAGCAGUUUUCACACUUUUCAGACAUAGUGGGGAUUUAACUCUGGUAAUAAAAAAAGAGAGCAGCUUUGCCAGUGACUGUGAAGAAGUCGUUGAAAGUGUGAGAAAGUGUCAAAUAUCAGAUUUGAACGCUGACCACACGACCGCCUUAACUGUGUUUAUACCCACACGAAGGAUCUGCCUUUCAGAUAAGAGUUGAAGGACCCUCAGCGCGCACAGCAGCAAUAUCUACAGAAGCAGAUGCACUUUUAGUAUAACCAGUCUGAGUUCCGACUGUUUGUACUGGACGUGCGUAAAUAAAGGACGCCUCUAAAGACAUUCCGGGAUAGCUUUUAUUCUUUUCUCCAAAAACGAAAGACUGAAUAUCAACAGACGAAGAACAUCCACGGAAGAAAAUGCCUCGGAAGAAGCUGGAUGAAAAUCUGACAAAACCUCGCAAUCUUUACGGACUCUACAAGUGAACAUCUGUCUAACAGGCGAUGCUGUGAGAAGAGAGAUAUGGAUGUUGAAGAAUUACCCAUGAGCUACAUUUAUAAGUUUUUCCUUGGUUUGAUGCUGAUCCUGUAACUGUAGUGCUUUGGCUUCCCAACAUCAUUCGAAAUAGGGAGCAAAGCCAAGUUACAGUCAGAACCUGACUAAGCUUUCUUGUGGACUUCAGAAAAGAUAAGGGAGAGAGAGAGAGCAAGCAAACCUUUGUAUCUGUUGUCAUCAUCUUCCUACGCACAGUUCCCUGGUUUGCUUUAUUGAAAAGGAGGAGCCCAUUAAAGCAUUUGAUAGAUAGGAAAAGCUUGGUCUGAAGGUGUGGUUGCUGGCUGGCUGCUGGUUGGAGAUGAGAUAAGAGCGUGGGGAAACGAGAGAGACAAGACGUGCCUUUCUGACGGGAGAUGAAUACAAAUUAGGAUUUUGCCCUCCUGCAGCUACACCAGUUAAGCGAAUCAAUACUGAAGUGGAGAAAUGGUCAAAUUCGUCUCUGAUUCAUGCCAACUAAUCAUCAGUAUCAUUAGUUCUAAACCAAAACUGUGGAAUUAGUUGCUUGCUAACGGUUAAUAUGAAAUAAUUCUUUUGAAUAAAAGGGUUGACGAAUUAAGGAGAGAUCCGUUUACAAAUGCGGUUUCAAAAAAGUUAGAAAAAAGAACAUUAAAAGACGGACUUCUGGUCAAAACCAUCAGUGCCACACCAUCAUGGCCUUUUUCAGUGUUACACCUGAACUGAUCCGUGUACAGUUGUAGAUUAUAGAUAUGAGACUGGAUUCAAAGCAGGUUUAACAGAGUGGAGGCGCGAUGGAGCUGGACAACAGCUCACUGGACUACUCCAUUAGAAACUUCACAGAGAUUCCUAACACCACUACAGCACCACCCUGGAGCGAGGCCACACUCCUCGGUUUCCAGGUCUCUCUGUCUGCUCUGUUAGCCAUUGUCACCUUGGCUACUGUCCUUUCAAAUGCCUUUGUCAUCGCCACCAUCUUUCUGACCAGGAAGCUCCACACACCUGCCAACUUCCUAAUUGGCUCCCUCGCCGUCACAGACCUGUUGGUUUCCAUUUUAGUCAUGCCAAUUAGCAUCGUGUACACUGUCAGCAAGACCUGGUCGCUGGGGCAGAUUGUUUGUGACAUCUGGCUGUCAUCUGAUAUCACAUUCUGCACCGCCUCCAUCUUGCACCUGUGUGUAAUUGCGCUGGAUCGCUAUUGGGCUAUCACGCACGCGCUGGAGUACUCAAAGCGCCGCACCAUGCGCCGUGCAGGGAUCAUGGUUGGGGUGGUGUGGGUGAUAUCUAUAUCGAUUUCCAUGCCUCCACUUUUCUGGCGGCAGGCCAAAGCCCAUGAGGAGCUUACAGAGUGUAUGGUGAAUACAGAUCAGAUCUCUUACACCCUAUACUCCACCUUCGGCGCCUUCUACGUUCCCACAGUGCUUCUCAUCAUCCUCUACGGUCGGAUUUACGUUGCAGCCCGCUCUCGCAUUUUUAAGACACCGUCGUCGUCUGGGAAGCGUUUCACCACAGCGCAGCUAAUCCAGACCUCUGCAGGGUCCUCUCUCUGUUCUCUUAAUUCCUCCUCCCACCACGAAGCACACCUACACUCUGGCAAUGCGGGAGGUGUGGGAGGAGGAGGGGGAGGGUCGCCUCUGUUCAUGAACAGCGUGAAAGUCAAGCUGGCAGACAACGUGCUGGAGAGGAAACGUCUGUGUGCAGCACGGGAGAGGAAAGCAACCAAGACACUGGGCAUCAUCCUGGGCGCAUUCAUUGUCUGUUGGCUUCCCUUCUUUGUUGGCACGCUUGUCAUGGCGAUAUGCAAAGAGUGCUGGUUUGAUCCAGUGCUGUUUGACAUCUUUACAUGGCUGGGAUACCUGAACUCCCUCAUCAACCCUGUCAUCUACACCGUCUUCAACGACGAAUUCAAGCAGGCUUUCCAAAAGCUCAUCAAAUUCAGACGGUGCUCCUGAAAAAAAGACAAGCGUGGAUUAAAACUGGCAUAUCCAGUGAAAAAAAAUGGAGC